AUGGACGCUGGAUGGGUAAAGACGUUUGAUGAGUACUAUUAUGGAACUAAAGGAACAAUUAGUUCAGCCAACGUUCAAUUAAUAUACCAUUCAGUAUUAUCAGAGUUAUUGCACGAUAAUAGAAGAAAGUGAGUAAGACUACACGCGUACUGGACUUUACUGUCUCCGUAUAUUUUUAUACUUGAGAACCCUUACGUUAACGCGCGAACUUGAACUCGUGAUAAUAAAACUUCCAUACAAAUGAUAGGAACACGGUGACAGAAACAAAAGUCAAGAACGAUAAAAAACACAAUUGCGUACAUUAAAAACAAUACAUAAAUCCUAUAGGUAUAGUGAUGGGGUGCAUCUUCUAUCAUCGAAAACUUUUUCUCGUAUACUUAUCAUCAUUUUAUUAAUCGGAACACAACCAUCUAGAAUUGAGACAAUAUAAAGAAGAACUACAUUCAUUCGGCUGGGAAUUGAAUCUGAAAUCUUAGAAAUAAGCUUUAGCCUUAACCCGAUUAAGUUUAAACAAACUCUUAAUUUAUAAAUAGGCAGGUAAAUAAUUGUUAUUUUGUUUUGGCACCAAGAUUUACCUUUUCUGAGACUGCGUAUUUCUGGCGAUGGUGGAAGGAACAGAGGCCUGUAACUCGAGCCACAUUCAGAUCAUUAGUUCAGGAGGGACGGGUGGAGUUCGCCGGUGGUGGAUGGGUACACAACGACGAGGCUACCGUCAACUACUUACAGAUCAUCGAUCAAUUCACUUGGGGGCUUCGAAAAUUGAAUGACACUCUUGGUCCUUGCGGCCGCGUAGAUCACAAAGAAAGAGAAGCAAUGAUAGAGGAGGACAGAAUGGAAUUCAUGUGGAGAGGCAGUGACGUAUUAGGCAAAAUGUCAGAUAUGAUGACGCACACAUUGUUCAACCUGUACAACGCUCCUGAGGGUUUCUGCUUCGAUUUUCUGUGCAGCGACGAACCUAUCGUCGAUGAUCCUGAGAAUAAAGUUUAUAAUGCGGAAAAACGAGUAAACGAUUUCAUCGCUCAAAUCGAAAGGCAGGCGAAGUACUAUGACCAUGACAACAUCAUGGUGACUAUGGGCGGUGACUUCACAUACCAGAGCGCUGCCAACUGGUUCAUGAACAUGGACAAACUGAUCAAUCAUGUGAACACGCAUCCUGCCAACAUGUCCGACAUAAACGUGUUUUAUUCAACGCCAUCUUGUUAUUUGAAGGCUAUCUAUCUUUACGGCAGACGGGACAAAGCUAUGUAUACGGAAAAGUUGACAGUUGCGGCUCGCAUGGGCGACUCGUUUGAAUUACAUCUCCUUAGACAUGCUGUUAGCCUGGUACUCCAUCAUGACGCAAUCACAGGUGACUUACAUCAUUAUAAGCCUGUUAAUUAAUAUUCCUACUACUGAUGAAUCAAAUAGAUAAAACGAGUCGUGGCUAACUAAGCAGACCCAGUGUGGAUUGGUGGGCAUUAACCACUUACAGCCAGUACGUUAAGCUUACGGGCUAUCUCCACAUCGCAAAACAAACGCGCUAACCACUACACUAUCGAAUUGCUCGUUCUCAACACCAUCAUACUUUUGUCUUGUUAUUUUGUUUAAGCGUUUAUCGUUCGUACUGCUGCAGCAGGUACAGAUAGGAAGAAUGACAUAGGGAAAACGGACUAUUAUGGGCAUGAACCCAGAACAGAUUGUUGUUAACUACUACUGCUGCCUGUGAAUGGUGACCAUUUAACAUCUUCAUCUUCCGAGACACGGAGGAUAAAGACUGGAGAUAGUAAAUUUUUAGUAUCUAAUCUAAUGACCAGCAUUUGUAAAACUAACUUAUUUUCCACAAUUGCUAUGGACCUGCCAAGCUCCUUCGGCACAAGUCAGCAACAUGUAGCCAAUGACUUUGUAAGAAUACUCAGCGAAGCAAUGGAUGCCAGUACCAAGAAAGUAUCGAAUCUUUUAAGACUGAAAUGCAAGACUCAACUAAAAGUGGACUUAACUGGCAAGGAUACUGUUCCCAAAGACGGUACUGCAACAUCAUCCAAGUUAAGUGUUAAUAACUCUAGGUGUCACUCGCCAGCUCAAAUACUAUACGAGGAGGUGGAAUACCAGUUAGUGCCACUGCCAACGGCUAUUAUCAAUAUCCCGGGAAGAUCAUCAUCAGCAAUACAGGAACUGUACUUCGAAGCCGAGAACAUUCCACCGUUGGGUUACUCUGCAUUUUACAUCACUCCAGUUAGGGACCAGCUGCAUGUAGACGGAUUAACAGUGCAAGUUUCCCAGAACUUUUACUACUACGGGCAGGGGCAAGGAGUCCAAUCUGGUGCUUAUAGCUUCCGACCCGACAAACAGAGGCCAACCCCGGUGACUGAACGCGUGACUUACCAAACUAUAAAAGGAUCACUAAUUAAGGAAAUUAGACAGAGAUUUAAUGACUGGAUAACUCAGAUUAUAAGGUUAUAUAGAGGCGAAGAAUUCCUAGAUGUGGAGUGGAUUAUUGGUCCAGUACCAAUAGGCACGGAUUUGGGUAAAGAGGUUGUAACUGUUUUUACAACCAAUAUUUCCAACAACGGACAGUUCUAUACAGAUUCUAAUGGACGUCAAAUGAUCAAGAGGACCUGUUGGAAUGAAAGCUUGGGUCAGCAGCAGAAAAAACCAGUUCCAUCUUGCUAUUACCCUGUCACAUCGAGGAUCUGCAUACAUUCCCUAAACAGCAGCGUUGAAAUGUGUGUCUUACCAGAUAGGACGCAAGGUGGCACUUCGUAUAACGAAGGCGAGAUAGAACUGAUGGUUCACAGAAGAUUACUCACUGAUGAUGGAUUUGGUCUAGAAGAAUCUCUGAAUGAAGAAGAUCAUGGCGUAGGACUAGUGAUAAAGGGAAGGCACAGGAUAUACGUGGGAAACUUUAGACAGGAAAUUGACGAGCUGACAUUUUCCGAAAGGAUAUCACAUGCAGCCAGGAGGUGGCAGAUGGAGCCGUGGAUGUUCUUCGCGUCAGGGGAGAAGAUUAACAGGAGAAAGUGGCAAAAUGUCAGGAACAAGAGGUAUUCAUCGAUUCGCCUCCACGGUCUGCCUAGACAUAUCCACAUCCUAACAUUAGAACCAUGGAAAGCUGGUUCCGUAUUACUCAGACUUGAGAAUACGUUGGAGAAACCAGUUAGAGGUGGUCUUCAUGAAAAAUUAGAUAAUCCAGAUGAUUUCCCAAGUAAAUCAUCACACAUCACCGUCGAAUUGAAGAAAAUAUUCCUACAGUGGAAGAUCAAGAUGGUCAAAGAGACUACACUAGCUGCCAACCAGUGGUUGGAAGACGCUAGACAAAUGGAUUGGAGUACAAGAAGACUUCUCCUCAAAUCUGAGGAAGCGCUCGCCAAAAAGAAAGAAACCCAACCAAAAAGUGAGACCGGCAGGUAUGUGAACUUAUAAAAAAUAUUGGAAACCAGCUGUUUUCCCGCGACUUUGCCCUAGUAAAUUAUUACCUAUAUUACCCCUGUGAUAUAGUUCUCGUGGGUGAAAGUAUUUUUAAUAUCGGUCCAGUUAAUUAAUGCAAACAAUGAAAUCUUUUCUCCAUAUAAUAUUAGUAUUCAUCCUGCGAUGCAUUAGGUUCCCCUUUGAGUCACAUCUUUAACCUAUAUAUCGAUAAAAGUCGUUUUUCCGACUUCAUAAAACCAAUUGUUCACCCAAUUUUUCAAAGGGGGAAGAAGAAGAAGAAAGGUGAAAUUUCGAAUUACAGACCUAUCACUAUUUUGCUCGUUCUCUCAAAAACUUUAGAGUGGUAUAUCAACUCAAAAAUAUUAUCUGACAGCAUCCGCAGAGGUUCUUCUACGGAAAAAGCAAUAUCGAUAUUUACAAAAGCACUUUUUAGUACCAAAGAACUUCACCUUCUUGAAGUCUUUUGGAGUUUACUUCGAUCUUCCUCGAUAUAAAAAAAUAUUACCUUUUUAAUUAGGUUUUAUUUAUGCUAUGACAGCGCUAUGCUCGCCCUCGUUUGACGCUGAUUUAUUAUAGAAUAGCACUGCUUGUUUGUUGUUUCUAGAUUAUCCCGUAGAAGAUUCUGAUGACGGUGUUACCAAAUCAAUUUAUGAAAUGUACUAUAAAAGUAAGAAAAACAUAAACAAAUCCCGAACAACAGACAUGGAACCAAGAUUUAGGAAGAAAAGGAGGAAGAAUAGACGGUACCGUCAAAAUAAUGAACCCGAAGAUGCGAACAAUUCCUCUGAAUCAACCACUAAAAGAAGCAGGAGUAGGAAUAUGAAGAGAGGCAGAGUUAAGAAAGUAGAUAUGCCAUUCUUCUUGGAAGAUAGGAAGAGAAAAACAGGAGGUAGUGUGGAACUUGUGGCUAAAGAUGGAUUGGAAUUGGAAGAUUAUGGUGUUAAUACUAGAGGUAAGAAUAAAGUCAUAUCAUAAACUAUAUGUCGGCGGGUAGUCUCAAGGGGCUAUUACGAAGCCCAAAUAGAUCGUCCAUAUCGGAGGACUAUCUUUAAAAUAACACUGCAGGCGUGUAUGCCAAUGUGGAUUUAUUCCAUUUUAUUACUUUUCAUACGAAAAUAUAACGAGAUCAGCGUGAUGUCGCCGGAUGUCUUUACUCCUCGACGAUUGGCAACAGAAUGUGUGCCAAAAUGGCGGCAACUUGCUUUUUGUUAACGAACUGUCAAAGUCAGUGUCGCCAUUCUAAUAAAAUUAAAAGUAUCGAUGAUCACGCUAUCUCUACAAUCGAGUAAUUAAGUAAUCGAGUAACUACCAACUAAAAUAAAAGAAACUAAAUCAAACGAUCUUCGUAAAGAUGAUGCGACAUAUAUGAUAUUAUAUACAAUACUAGCUGUUGUCCCAUGUAUCUGCAAGCGUUAAUUAUAGUAUAUGUCAUAUGUUGUAGUCAUAUGUUGUAGCUAUCCGUAUGUGAAAUAUGUAGUUAUUAAAAUCGGUCCAGUAGUUCGGAGUCUAUUCGAUGCAAAUUAACAAACAAUUAAAUCUUUCCUCUUUAUAAUAUAACUAGCUUUCCCUCAGCAGCUUCACCCGCGUGCUUCCUAGGGAACUGUUUAUUUGGACAUUGAUUCAUAUAUGACACAGGUGUAGCCACAAUGACAAAUUGAAUAUUAAAAAUGAUUUCUAUGGCACCCUUUUGGUUCCACAUACAAACUUCCACUCCCAUUUUCAUCCCUUUAUUUGAGAUAGAAUACAGCCUAUAUCUACCGCAUAUGAUGAAGUUUCCCGUAGGUGAAUGAAUUAUAAAACGGGCAAAUAGUUUCGGAGUCUAUUCGAUGCAAACAAAUAAAUUUAACAAAAAGUUAAUUUUUAUAUUAAUAAACAUUAACUUUUAAAUGAUGAAAGGAUUAUUACAAGAAAUAUCUUGGUCUCGUUAAUUACCUUUCAACGCAAACGUCAAAUGCGAGAGAGAAACGUCGUAAACCAGAUUCCCAGGAAUACGACGAUCCAGAUUCUAAUGAAGAGGAGAAAGAUAGAGAUAAUGAAUAUAGAGACUUAUAUGAGAGAAAGAUUGAGAAACGUAGGAAAAGGCCAUGGAUUAUGAAAGAAGAAGAAUUGUUGUUUGCGCGCACCAUGACAACUGUCAUUUAUAAAUAG